AUGCAGCGCUUCAGAGAAGGCAUUCACAUCCGGACGAUGAAGGCCAAGAGGAAAGUGGAGGAGAUCUAAGAGAACGUCCUGGCUUUCUUCAAGAAUAACGCCUUUGUUCUCUUCACAGUGGCAGCAGUCGUCGUAGGAAUCGUUCUGGGAUUCGCGCUCCGUCCGUAUAAGAUGACCUAUCGAGAAGUGAAGUACUUCUCUUUCCCCGGAGAGCUGUUGAUGAGAAUGCUCCAGAUGCUCGUUCUGCCCUUACUGGUGUCCAGUCUGAUAACAGGAAUGGCAGCGUUGGACAGCAAAGCGUCAGGAAAGAUGGGCAUGAGAGCCUUGAUUUAUUACAUGACCACGACCUUCAUCGCAGUCUUCACCGGGAUCAUCGUUGUCCUCAUCAUUCACCCCGGGAAAGGAUCCAAAGCGGAGUUUGGAAAGCAGCAGAAGAUCGAGCAAGUCAGUCCUGCAGACGCCUUCUUAGAUCUGAUCAGAAACAUGUUUCCUCCAAACCUGGUCCAGGCCUGCACCCAGCAGUUCAAAACCAAGUAUGGAAAGCGGGUUGUCACUGUGACGAUGACGGUGAACGAAACCCUCUUCAACUCCACCAAUGCGACCCAGGAGGUGAUGGAGAUCUCCAGAGAGGAAGUGAUCCCGGUGCCGGGCCAGGUCAACGGGGUCAACGCUCUCGGGCUGGUGGUCUUUUCCGUGUGCUUUGGUUUGAUAAUUGGCAACAUGAAGGAGCAGGGCCAGGUCCUCAGGGACUUCUUCGACGCCAUGAAUGAAGCCAUCAUGCGCCUGGUGGCCAUCAUCAUGUGGUACGCUCCUAUCGGGAUCCUGUUCCUGAUCGCAGGAAAGAUCGUGGAGAUGGACGACUUGACUCAGAUGGGCGGCCAGCUGGGCAUGUAUACCAUCACGGUGAUAAUCGGGUUACUAAUCCACGGAGUUCUUAUUCUUCCCACUCUCUAUUUUGUUAUCACUCGGCAAAACCCCUUCACCUUCAUCGCUGGCAUCCUGCAAGCUCUGGUCACCGCCCUGGGAACGUCCUCCAGCUCUGCAACCCUGCCUGUCACCUUUAAAUGUCUGGAGGAAAACAACAAAAUUGACAAGAGAAUCACGCGCUUCGUGCUGCCGGUGGGAGCCACGAUCAAUAUGGAUGGAACGGCGCUUUAUGAGGCGCUGGCGGCCAUCUUUAUAGCCCAGGUCAACAACGUGGAGAUGAACUUUGGUCAGAUCCUCACCAUCAGUAUCACAGCCACUGCGGCCAGCAUUGGAGCGGCAGGCAUCCCUCAGGCCGGACUGGUCACCAUGGUGAUUGUUUUGACCUCUGUUGGACUUCCUACUGAUGACAUCACUCUCAUCAUUGCGGUCGAUUGGUUCUUGGACCGUCUGCGGACCACCACCAAUGUUUUGGGGGAUUCGAUCGGAGCGGGUAUCGUAGAGUUUCUGUCUCGACAUGAGCUCCGCAGCAAAGACGUGGAGAUGGGAAACUCCGUGCUGGAGGAGAAAGAGAGGAAGAAACCUUACAAGCUCAUCUCCCAGGAUAGUGAUUUUGAAAAUGACAAACGUGCUCACAGUGAAUCCAACAUGUAGGUCACAUGGUUCUGUUUGAAGGGGUAGAGACCUGAUUGCUAGACGAUGUUUCCACCAUAACGUUGCUGACAUUAUUUCACACAUUUGUUAACGUUCCUUUAUUAUCUAGUCCUGCAUCACGUUCAUUUCUUACAUUCCUCUGUCAUUACUAUUACUUUGACGUUAGUGCUUUCAAAUAGGACGGGUAGAUUCUUUUCUGAUUUGUAUGUUUACUACUUUAAUAUUUUAUCUUCAUAUAACAUGUAGUGAUUGAGGUGAAAGUAGAUUUAGAUACAUGUGACAGAUUUAAACACUGCAUUAAAAUAUGCAUUUUGUCACCAGGACAUAGGACACUUAAAUAAAAAUGUCUAUCUUAAUCGUCACAACAUAAGUUAAUAUUGUGGUUUUUAUUACAGGUUAUAACGUGUGUGUGUGUGUGUGUGUGUGUGUGUGUGUGUGUGUGUGUGUGUGUGUGUGUGUGUGUGUGUGUGUGUGUGUGUGUGUGUGUGUGUGUGUGUGUGUGUGUGUGUGUGUGUGUGUGUGUGUGUGUGUGUGUGUGUGUGUGUGUGUGUGUGUGUGUGUGUGUGUGUGUGUGUGUGUGUGUGUGUGUGUUUUUUACCAACAUUGCAAAUUUUCUGUAGAUAUGACAGUGAAUAUGUUGGGUGAUGUAACGCUUGUGAUUUCAAUAUGAAUGUGUGACACGGAUAUUGAAGUCUCUCUGAGAAAAUGGUGACCUAUACCUUUUGUUUAUUAUAAUGAAGU